GGAGGCGAAGAAGAAGAAGACCUCUGUAGUUGACGGUCAUGGCUGCUGCAGUGGGACGUUUGUCCCAGUGUUUAACCUCCAGAGUGUACGUGGUGUCAGCCCCAUACCUUUGCUGGCGACAGCAGAGAGGUUUGUGUUUCAGUCGCCCCAAAGCUGCAACGCGGCAAUACAGUCAUGACUCCAGGGACGACCUGAAGGUCCGAUAUCUGGACGGGGAAGACGCGGGAAUUGUUGUUGUUGGGAUAAAUCGACCAAAAGCCAAAAACUCUAUAAGCAAAAAUCUUGUCAACAUGAUGUUUGCGGCUGUAGAGGAUAUUAAGAAGAAUAACAAAGUGCGCAGUGUCAUUUUGUCCAGCUUGGUUCCUGGUAUUUUCUGUGCAGGUGCAGAUCUGAAAGAGAGAGCAAAGAUGCAUCAAAGUGAGGUGGGACCGUUUGUUUCAAAAGCAAGAGCCCUCAUUACAGAGCUGGAUAAUCUUUCAGUACCUACUAUUGCUGCAAUUGAUGGGGCUGCCUUAGGAGGAGGUUUGGAAAUGACCCUUGCUUGUGACAUAAGAAUUGCUUCCAGCAGUGCAAAAAUGGGAUUAGUUGAGACACAGCUUGCAAUUAUUCCUGGAGCAGGUGGAACACAACGUCUCCCAAGGAUUAUUGGUGUAUCUCAAGCCAAGGAACUCAUAUUUACUGCUAAAAUAGUGGAUGGAAAAGAGGCGAGUCAUCUGGGACUAGUCAAUCAUUCAGUAGAGCAGAAUGACAAUGGAGAUGCUGCCUAUCUCUACGCUCUUGAACUUGCUCGUCAGAUCAACCCUCAGGGUCCAAUUGCAGUUAGGAUGGCAAAAUUAGCAAUCAACCAAGGAAUAGAGGUGGAUUUAGCUACAGGUUUGGCAAUUGAAGAGGCGUGCUAUGCUCAGGUGAUCCCAACAAAAGACCGAUUGGAAGGUUUGGCUGCUUUUAAGGAGAAGAGGCGUCCUCAAUACAAGGGGGAGUGAGGUUAUACGAUUCAUUUCAAGAAAUUCUGUUCCAAAAAUGAAUGAAUUCCCACACCUGUGAACAACCAAGCUAUUUUAAUGCAAAGCCUUUGACUUGAAAGAGUGUGGUAAUUACAGUAAAGACUUUUUUUUAUCUUAACACAUGCCAUUGUACUUUCAAGUAAAGGUGAAUGCAGUGAAACAGAAAAUUUCACACAUUACUCUGCAUUGUGUCUGGAGGACUUUGUUGCAUGAUAGAACACAUGGUUAGAACUGAUGGAAGUUUUCUUUAAGUGCAAACCAAUCUCUGGCUGUGUGCCCACUACCUGCUCAUAAAUUCAUGUUCCUGUCUUUGAAAAAUUUCUAAAACUGGGAAUGUAUGGCUUUGUGUAGCUUUUUUUCAAAUGCAAUUUCUUCUUUUAAAAUUUUACAACCAUUGUUGAUUAACCAAGUCUAGUUUAUUUAAAGUGUCAAUACAUUUUCUUGGAAACAUUUAGUACGUUUUUUUCAAAAAAAAUAGAAUUUGAUAUUUGCUUUGUUUCAACAAUAGUCCUCAACUGUGUUUUAGACAGUUGAGGACUCUUGGCAUGCAGAAAUGGUAAAUACAAAUGGACACAUCUCUGAUGUGUCCAUUUAUAUUUCAAACUUAGUAGAUGGUUUGUUUGAUAAGCUGCCAUCUGGAGUCCACAGUUUUGUACAUUUUAGGUUAGAUUUCAAUUGGCAAAGACCAUAUUAUUUAUGUAUUGGAAGAUACAUAAAUGUGUUUUACAUUACUGUGCUUAUGUUGUUUUUAAAGCUCACAAGGUUUCAUAGUUUUCUUUAUGUAUGACCCAUAUAUGUAUGUACAUGUUGGGUGUUUCAAGCAAAGCUGUUGCUUCAGUUUGCUGGAAAUUAUUUGAAUAUAAUUAAAUUGUCUUUCCUAUUUAGUGCCAAAUAUAUAAUGCCAUAAAAUAACCACAUUUUCAAAAUUGUGUUUUGUAAACACCUAAUAUGAUGGCUAAGGUUGUGGGUGAUUGUCAUGAAACAACCCAUAGAAUUUAGAAGUUCUGUUUUCUUUUCUUUUAUUCCUUGGUAUUGUUUGUUCUGUUGUUUUAGUUUCAAACUACUUUUGCUAAACUUUUGAAUGCAUGAGUCACAUGCCAAGUGAAGACUGGCCAUGUCAAACAGCUGUAAUAAAGUCUAAAAGAAAUGCCUGA